UGCGCUCCUUGGAUUGUUUCUUCUCUUUACUAUAGUUUUGCUAUAUUGUCGCUGAGGGCGUAAAAAGAUCUUAAGAUUUGUUCGUAGUAUUGAUAAUCUAACAUCAGAAAAGCAGUAACACCGAAUCACCCGGCCUGAGAAUCAUGGCAGACUUGGAAAAGUUGCUCCUGGAAGCAGCUGGAAGAACCAGUGGUUCUGGGAGGAAACGACCUUCUCCUGCAUCCAGGAGGCAAAGAAAUGGCCCAUAUUCUGAUGAUGGAACUGAUUCUAAGGAUGAUGACUCAGAUGAUGGUUCUGGUUAUGCAAGCAGGAAGCCUUCUGGGCCUCAAGUUCCACUAAAAAAGAGGCUAGACCCAUCAGAAAGAGAUGAUGAUCAGAGCAGUCAUGAUGAAGGGGAUGAUGAGGCUCGGUAUGAUCGUGACACAGACAGUGGAGAUGAAAUAUAUGACAACGAUCAUUACAAGGAUGAACAUGACAGGCAAAGGCUUGCUAAGAUGUCAGAGCUUGAACGAGAAAUGAUAUUGUCUGAACGGGCUGACAAAGUCAAUAAUAAGAAGAUGAGGGAAGAUAUGAAAUCAAAGAAAAUUGAGAAGACACCUCAAUUUGGAAAAGGCGGUACUCAUAUUUCAUCUUCUGCUGGCUUGCGUUCAUCAUCCAGAUCGGCAGGUACCAAAAAGCCAUCACUGAUUCAAUUGAGAGCAAGGAUAGAACAGAAGCAGCAGGAUUCGGGGGUUGUUAAGAAGCCGGAGCCAGGCAAGGGAAAUUCAGGCAGCGGUGAGAAUUCACAAAGCAAGUGGAGAUCCAACAGGAUCACUAGUCCGAGUAACUUGAGCAAAAGUGACAGUGAUUCUGGGAGUGAAGACGACGAUUCUACAGGAGAUGGACGGAUGGUUGAUAGUGAUGGCGAGAAAAUGUUAUCCGAAUCAAAAGUGCCAACUUAUGAGGAUAUAAAGGAGAUCACUAUCCGAAGAUCAAAGCUAGCAAAAUGGUUUAUGGAGCCUUUCUUUGACGAACUGAUUAUAGGCUGCUUUGUUCGUGUAGGGAUUGGAAAAUCGAGAACUGGUCCAAUCUACCGUCUGUGCAUGGUCCGCAAUGUUGACGCAUCCGAGCCUGACCGUCAGUACAAGCUGGAGAAUAAGAUGACUUACAAGUAUCUUAAUGUAGUCUGGGGAAAUGAGAGUUCUGCUGCCAGGUGGCAGAUGGCUAUGAUUUCUGACUCCCCACCAGUUAGAGAGGAGUUUGACCAAUGGGUGAGAGAGGUUGAACGAAAUGGAGGCAGGAUGCCAAGCAAACAGGAUGUGUCGGAGAAGAAGGAAUCCAUACAGAAAACCAACACUUUCGUCUACAAUGCCGACACAGUGAAGCAAAUGUUGCAUGACAAGAAAGCAGCCACGUGGAGACCGUUGAACAUAGCGGCUGAGAAGGACAGACUUAGGAGAGAAUUGGAAGUUGCGAAAAGCAAGAACGACGACACGGAGGUGGCGAGGAUCAACGCCAGACUUCAAGAACUGCAGGCGUCGCGAAAACCUCAGCAGAAAGAUUUCAAGGCACUGAGGCUAGCGGAAAUGAACAAGAAGAAUCGGUUCGAGAAUUUCAAGAACGCGUCUGAAAUGAAACCUGUCAAUACCAGCUUGAAAGCCGGUGAAGAUGGGUAUGAUCCGUUCUCAAGGAGAUGGACAAGGUCCAAAAAUUACUACGUUUCGAAGGAUGUCAAUGAAGUUGAGGGGGAGGAGGAGAAUUCAGAUGAUGCGUUAGAUGAAGCUUUGACGACAGCAGCAGCUUUGGAAGCUGCGGCUGAUGCUGGCAAGCUGGUGGAUACUAGUGCCCCUGUUGAACUAGGUGGUACAGAAUUCAAUAUGCUGCAUAAUUUCGAUCUGCCAAUCUCUUUGGCUACACUCCAGAAGCUUGGCGGGCCUCAAGGUGCGCAAGCAGGGUUCAUGGCUAGGAAACAGAGGAUAGAAGCGACUAUAGGUGUGAAGGUGCCUGAGAAUGAUGGAAGGAGACAUGCACUCACUUUGUCUGUUAGUGAUUACAAGCGUCGGAUGGGACUCCUUUGAGGUAAUGUUUUUUCUUAUAUGAUGUCUGAAACUGUAUGGAUGAUUGUGAUAAUUAAUACCUGGAAGAAGAAUAUAUGCAGUUUUAGGGACUUGUUCACCUAAAGAAUUUUAAGACCUCUGUUUUAUGGUGGUGGUAUAUACUGUGGUUCUUGAUCUGAGGAUGGUCUGGUCUGGUCUGGUCUGGUGUUUGGUGGAGAUUAAAUUGUCUUUUAAUUAUCCUUUUUCAUGAAAGGUUUUGUUAUUUGAUACCAA